AUGACAAAACCCGGUUAUAAAAAUGAAGCCGAGCUAAUAGAAGACGAUGAUGAAAGAGAAACUUGGAGUAAAAAAGUGGAUUUUUUAUUAUCUGUGAUUGGUUUUGCUGUAGAUUUGGCCAAUGUUUGGCGUUUUCCUUAUUUAUGUUAUAAAAAUGGUGGUGGUGCUUUCCUUAUACCAUAUCUAGUCAUGUUAUUAGUGGGAGGUAUACCUUUAUUUUAUAUGGAGUUAGCAUUAGGACAAUUUAAUAGAACCGGUGCCAUUACUUGUUGGGGACGACUUUGUCCUUUAUUUAAAGGUAUAGGUUGGUCUGUUGUUCUCAUCGCUUUUUAUACAGAUUUUUUCUACAAUGUUGUGAUAGCGUGGUGUUUACAUUUCUUCUUUUCAUCCUUCACAUCCGAACUUCCAUGGGCUCGUUGUGAUAAUGCAUGGAAUACAGAGUAUUGCUAUGAUGGCCACAUUCGGGGUAACACGUCUGAAAAUAGUACCCUGUUAAAUGUGACAGAACUGUUCGGUGGAAACAAUACCAAUGGUACUGAAGUCAUAAGAAGAUCAGCCGCAGCUGAAUAUUUCGAAUUUGGUAUGUUAGAGGUCCACAAAUCAGGUGGCUUUUAUGAAGUAGGAGAAUUAAAAUGGGAGUUAGUUCUGUGUCUAUUGGGUGUCUACAUCAUCUGUUAUUUUAGUUUAUGGAAAGGAAUCCACACAUCAGGAAAGGUUGUAUGGUUUACAGCUUUAUUCCCUUAUGUUGUACUAUUUAUAUUGAUGUGUCGAGGAGCCACAUUGGAUGGAGCUGCUAUUGGUAUAGAAUACUACUUAACACCCAAAUUUGAUCGAUUACUUUCUUCAGAGGUAUGGGUUGAUGCAGCAACCCAAGUAUUUUUCUCGCUGGGACCAGGAUUUGGUGUGUUAUUAGCGUAUGCCAGUUAUAACCCUCUACAUAAUAAUGUUUAUAGGGAUGCAUUGCUGACAAGUGCCAUCAAUUGUCUAACGAGUUUCUUCUCUGGGUUUGUCAUUUUCAUGAUCUUAGGAUACAUGUCUCAAAAGUCCGGACUUGACAUUGAUAAGGUGGCGACAGAAGGCCCUGGAUUAGUUUUUAUCGUUUACCCAGAAGCCAUAGCAACACUUCCGGGCGCGCCAUAUUGGUCUAUUAUAUUCUUUUUGAUGUUGUUAACACUAGGCUUAGAUAGUUCGUUUGGCGGAUCAGAAGCUAUUAUUACAGCAAUAGGUGACGAAUUUCCAGUACUUAGAAAACAUCGUGAAAUAUUUGUUGCCAUAUUGUUCUCCAUCUAUUUCUUAUUUGGUUUGGCAAGUGUGGCCCAGGGCGGUGUGUAUGUUGUUAAUUUGAUGGAGAGAUUUGCUGCCGGAUAUUCUAUAUUGUUUGCGGUAUUCUUUGAAGCAUUGGUUGUAUCAUGGGCUUAUGGUGCUAACCGAUUUUCCGAAGAUAUUGAGAUCAUGAUUGGUAGCAAACCAGGGAAAUAUUGGAUGUUGAUGUGGAUGUUUGUAGCUCCGAUUUUCAUAUUUACGAUUAUGGUAUUUGGGUUGGUUAAUUAUCAGCCAAUAGAAUAUGAUGGAUACAUGUACCCACUGUCCGCAACCCUAAUCGGAUGGGCAAUAGCUCUAUCCUCUAUACUUUGCAUACCUGGAUUUGCUUUUUAUGGAAUCCUGACUGCUAAAGGUUCACUUAUGGAGGUAACUAUAUUUAAUAAAAAUAAUAUGUCUUCAACUCUUAAAAGGAUAAUGUGCCAUUUUUGA